GGCGAAAUAUCUUAAGUUUGGGGCUUCAAACGCGUAUAAUCGUUAGUUGUUUCGCCCUGUUAUGUCUAGUUGUAUGUGAGUUCAUAUUUCUAUCAAUAAAGACUAAGUAGCGAUUUAUCAGUGCUCAUCAUUUCGGGUUUAAGGGUAAUACUGUACUAACAAGCUAGCGAGGCACUAUUAAAUAUAAUUGUUUCAAAUACAGCCAAUGCAGGAUGCUAUUUAAAUAUUUACUUUUAAGAAUAUCUGUUUCACUGGACUUUGACGCUUUCUAAGUGAUAAUAAUGUAGUUGCCUCUAGUAAACACCAGAUGGCGAUGUCUUAGCUUUAUACAUAGCGCUAGAGACGCCGCUGGGAUCGCACACAACUGGAUGCCUGUGCGUUUUUGGAACUGGUCAUACCCACCCUGUGUGUGGGCAGAGUAAGUAGAGCUGUGGACUGGACUAUCUCAAGCAGACCUAUUUAAUCAGCGGAAUGUCUUCGCGAGCUGCUCUUCAGAGUGGAAACUAAGACGGUUAACGACAGCGGUUUCUCCCGGGGCGAUGGGCUGGUGUGCAGGUGAACCGACGUGAGAGCAGGAUCCCCGUAGGAAGACUUCUUUGGUCCGCUGGCACAUGGGAGCUGUGACAUUCCGCAUUUUGACAUUUUAAGGACACUCUCCUGAGGAGGCCACAGUGACAUGUCAAGAGACAGCAUGACAGAUGUACGAGGAAGCCAUUCACAAAACACUAGCCCAGCUUUACCCAAGGAGAACGGGCACACUGCGCCGAGUCCACCUCAAUCCAACUUUCCCCAUCCCUCAGAGACGACCAUACCCGACGAUACCCCGGCGUCAUCCACCAGCGAGCUGACCCAGACCUGGGUCCACUUUGCUAAGACAUUUGUGCUCAUUUUCCCCAUUUACGCACUUGGUUAUUUUGAGUUCAGUUUCAGCUGGCUGCUUAUUGGACUUGUGAUCUUUUUCUGGUGGAGGAGGAACACAGGAGGAAAGCAAAACCGACUGAGCCGAGCAAUAGCUUUCUUUGAGCAAGAGGAGCAAAGUGCCAAAUGUGCUCUCACCACCUCUGAUUUACCACCAUGGGUCCACUUCCCAGAUGUAGAGCGGGUGGAGUGGCUGAACAAGACUGUGAAACAGAUGUGGCCCUACAUCUGCCAGUUUGUGGAAAAACUGUUCCACGAUGUGAUCGAGCCGGCGGUGAAGGAGUCCAACGCCCACCUCAGCACCUUCUCCUUCGCCAAGUUCGACAUGGGAGACAAACCGCUGAGGAUCAACGGGGUCAAGGUUUACACGGAAAACGUGGAUAAGCGUCAGAUCAUUAUGGACCUGCAGAUCAGCUUUGUUGGCAACACUGAGAUCGAAGUAGACAUCAAACGCUACUACUGCAAAGCUGGCAUCAAGAGCAUCCAGAUCCACGGUGUGUUGAGAGUGGUGAUGGAGCCGUUGCUGGGUGAUAUACCUCUGGUCGGAGCUCUGUCUUUGUUCUUCCUGAAGAAGCCACUUGUGGACAUAAACUGGACCGGCCUCUCCAAUAUACUGGAUAUUCCUGGGCUCAAUGGCUUCUCUGACAGUCUGAUUCAAGACAUUAUCUACAGUUAUUUGGUAUUACCCAACCGAAUCACUAUCCCACUGGUCGGGACGGUGGAGCUGGCCAAGCUGCGCUUUCCAAUGCCAAAGGGAGUCCUAAGGAUUCACUUCCUGGAGGCUCAAGAUCUGGAAGGGAAGGAUACAUUUCUGGGUGGGUUGAUCAAAGGCAAGUCUGACCCCUAUGGUAUCCUGCAGAUCGGCAACCAGCUGUUUCAGAGCAAGACAAUUAAGGAAAGCCUUAAUCCCAAGUGGAACGAAGUGUACGAGGCACUGGUGUAUGAGCACUCAGGUCAGCAUCUUGAGAUUGAGCUAUUUGAUGAGGAUCCGGACCAGGAUGACUUCCUGGGGAGCCUCAUGAUUGACAUGACAGAGCUGCACAAAGAACAGAAAGUUGAUAUGUGGUUUGAUCUUGAAGAAGCAACUACUGGGAAACUCCACCUGAAACUGGAGUGGCUAUCGCUGCUCUCCACUUCUGAGAAAUUGGACCAGGUUCUGCAAAGCGUGCGCGCAGACAGAAGCCUUGCCAACGACGGACUGUCAUCAGCACUGCUGGUGGUCUACCUGGACUCGGCAAAGAACCUGCCAUCUGCUAAGAAGAAUACCAGCGACCCCAGCCCCUAUGUUCAUUUCAGAGUUGGACAUAAAACACUUGAGAGUAAGAUCCGGUACAAGACUAAGGAGCCCCUGUGGGAAGACUGUUUUUCAUUCCUGGUCCAUAACCCGAGGAGGCAGGAGCUCGAGGUGGAGGUAAAAGACGACAAGAGCAAAUGCACUCUGGGUAACUUGACGGUGCCUUUGAGUAGCCUGCUGGUGGAGAAGGACAUGACGCUGAAUCAGCGUUUUCCCCUCAAGAAUUCUGGGCCCAGCUCCACCGUCAAACUUAAGAUGGCUCUGAGGAUCCUGUCCUUGGAGAAGCAAGUGUCCCCAGACCAGCCUUCUUCAGUCCAGGUCAACAAGUCCGGCGUGCCACAGGCACCCCCAGCCUCGUCCCUGAGACCAUCAGCCUCAGAUUUGCCGCUGCCUCCGCCCACGCAUUCGCAUCCUAUAGAAGCUUCUACUCUCAACCUCAAGGACAGGGACGGCGAGCCGUACGGAGCCAGCCAUCGCUCCAGUACCACCAACCUGACCACCGCCAUGUCAAGCUCCCAGAAACACCUGCCGCACAACAAGUCCACAGCCAGCCUGGCAUCGGAUAUCUCCCUGCCUACUGCCACCGUGGAGCUUCAGCAAAGGCUUCAUCAGCUGCAGAACGGCUCGGCCCCCAGCCAGUACCCCCUGGGUGAGAUCCAGCUGACUGUUCGACACAGCUCCCAGAGGAAUAAACUCAUUGUGGUGGUGCACUCCUGCCGCAACUUGAUAGCCUUCACCAAAGACGGCUCGGACCCCUUCAUACGCCUCUAUUUGCUGCCUGACAAGAGUCGGACGGGGAGGAGGAAGACGAGCACAAUGAAGAGGACUCUUAAUCCUGUUUACGAUCAGACGUUUGAGUUUAGUGUAUCUAUUGUGGAGCUCCACAGGAGAACUCUGGAUGUUGCUGUGAAGAAUGGAGGGAGCAUCCUGUCCAAACACAAAGGGCUUCUGGGAAAGGUUCUGGUGGAUUUAAGUGGAGAUGACAUAGCAAAAGGAAUCACACAGUGGUAUGAUCUAAGUGAAGAUAGUUUGUCGUCUCAAGCCACAAAAAGUAUCCAAGACCCCGUCGUCACGUAGUGGCACCACCUCUCUGCUGUAACAUAGUUAUCUUGUUAACCUAAGGGCACAUCCUUCUGUUGUAUUCAUAUAUAAUUUCCAUUUAGUUAACAGGAAUAAUUUCAGCAUGUUUAGUUUUAUUUUUGUCAAAAUUUCCUGUUAAUCUUUCAUGACCCUGAUUGGAAGAUGUUGUAAAAUAUUUUAAUGUGUUCAAACACACUUACUGCCUUGUCUCUGUUUUCAGUGUUUUAAUGUAAAUAUAUAUAGUUAUAAGAAUUUGCAGGGGUUUUCAUGGCAUUAUACUUACCUUGGAGGGGUCGUGUUGAAAUCUGUCACGAUUCUUAUGACUUUGUAUCCGGUUUGUUAAAAUGUGAAGAAUUUUCAUUUGUUGUCUGAGAAAACUCUAACCAAAGGAAUUGAUGCACACAAAUGUAGGCUUAAGUAGCAGUCCUGAUUUGAGAUUUUGAUUUUCCUUUGUCACGCAGUGUUGAUUGAUCGCUUACCUCUCGUUAUAAAUGCUUGAUUAUGAACAUGGAAUGCUGAUAUGCAAAGAAUAAAACGACUGCUGUGCUGUGUAUAUUUUAGGAGAUUUGUGCAAUAGUGGUUGAUUCUGAAUGAGACUUGGGGACAUUUUAGGGCUAUGAGCAAGCUCUGUGCAUUAUGCAAAGGAUACUUGAAUAAGGGUUUGACUGUUUUCAAACCAAAUGUAAGUUGAAAAAACUGAAAAACAUGAAUAGUUUUCGCAUUUUAUGAGCAGGGCUGCCAGAGUCUGUGUGAAGAUCAUGCAUCUGUGUCAUGCUUGCGUAUGUUUUUGCCAUGCAGUUAUGAGUUUCAUGGGAGCUGUUAAAUACAUUUCUGGUUAUCUAUCCUGUGCCUUAAAAAAAACCCACACAAAUAUAAUUUACUUGCCUUCUUAUUGUUAUUAUUUUGGAUGGCUUUUGAUGAAUACAUGUUUUAUCUUGUGAAAGUUGGUGUGCAUUUUUUAUUACCCCAUUUUCAUUUGCUUCUGUGAUGUUCCCCAAAUUUUGCAACUUUGUUGUGUUUAAAGUUGUGUUUAAAUUUGGAAUAUGAAAAUCAAACGGAUGAUGUCUUGUAUUUUGGUCUCGUUUGAACAACAAGAUGUAUUUGCUAAGUUUCAGGUUGGCUGAAGCUCAGGAGGUGGAGCAGGUCAUAUGGGAAGGUUAACAAGGACCAGUGCAUUUAAUCUAAGCUGAUAUUUUUUUUAGAUUAGUAGUAGCAAUUUAAUACCAUAAUACAAAGGAGCUGGUAGCAAAACGAUGCCAAAUGGUACAUGAAUUCGCAGCAUUAAUCUUAAUUUUUACAAUCAACUAUAUAUUUACUUUUGACCUGUCGCUUUCUGCGUACCUAAAAAGCAAUUAAGGGAAUUUCCUAAAUGUUUUUUGGGGGGGUUUCUUAUCUUCAGUUGGCAUUGACGUGAUUUUUUUCGAGUUGUCCUUUUUCCGAUUAUUCUGAAAUCACUUGAAUGCAUAGUAAAUCUAGCAAAGACUGAAUAA